UGAUAAGCAAACCAACCGUCACGUAUGUACACACAGCAACAAGUGGAUUCUCUCGGCCGAGAGCAGGCAGACACUAACAUCAUCGCUUCUGCUGUAGAUACUACAUAUAAGAGACGGAAUCGAUCAUGUAGUUUCGCUAGGGUUCCCCUAGCCUAAUACAUUACCUCUACUGACGCAAAAUCACAUACGGAAUACCCCUCAUUUCUCCAUUGAACCGUUGACAUGGGUGCACUACCAAUCCCCCCGACUCCUCCUGGAACAGACCUCACGGGAAAGACGGCGAUUGUGACUGGCGGCAAUGCUGGAUUGGGACUCGAAGCGGCUCGGCAAUACCUGACUCUCAAAGCUGCCCGUGUCAUUAUCGCAGUGCGCUCUCCAGCUAAGGGGAAAGAAGCCAUCGCCGAGCUGAAGGCGGAUCCUACCGUGCAGAAAUUAAACCCAAAUGCGGCCAUCGAGGCCUUUCCCCUAGACCUCGAUGAUUUCCAGUCUGGUGUCGACUUUGUGCGCAAGGUCAAGAGUGAGGUCCCGGAGCUGGAUAUACUGCUGAACAAUGGCGGUACCAACAUCCUCAAAUACCACAAGAGCGCAAGCGGACACGAGCGCGUGAUGCAAGGUCUCCCAUUAUCCGCUCGCAUCCUGGUGACGCGCACAUUGCUAAUACGCGAAACGGCAGUCAACGUCUACACCCACUUCUUGAUAUCUCUAGGUCUCCUCCCGUUGCUUAUAUCCACUGCCGAGCGUCGUGGUGCUCCCACACAUCUGAGCUUCGUCGGCUCUUCAAUGCAGAGCAGCCACUCACUAACCAAGAAACCCCUGACCCCCAACGGGUCGUUUCUGGAGCACUUCGACGACCAGAAAACCUACGACGCAAUGACCCGGUACCAAGACAGUAAGUUCAUGGUCAACGUGCUCGUGCGAGGCCUGGCGAAGGUAGUGGGAGAGGAGAAUCCGAAGGUCAUUGUCAACCACAUGUGUCCCGGCCUCGUGUACACAGGUUUUGACAAGAAUCUUCCACUGUGGUUGAAACCACUCAUGUACAUUUAUCGCAGAGUUUCGGCACGCCAUGUCUCCGAAGGCGCUCGUACGCUGAUUCACGCCACGGCGGCGGAGGGGUCCGAGUCGCAUGGCAAGUUCUUGAGCAACAAUAUCAUUCGUUCUGGCGAGGUCCCUUUCCUGGAUGAAGCAGCUGGUAAGGCUUUUACGGAAAAAGCAUGGAAAGAACUCGUGGCCGAAUGCAGCAAGUUUGAGCCGGGGCUUAGUCGAUAUGCUUAAUCAACAUCAUAACAUCGUGGACUUUGGAAGCCGCGCAAGCGGAAUGAAUAUAGAUUCUGGAAGUGUUGUAUAUAAGUUUAAGUUGUGUGUCUAAGCUGUUUUGAUACAGAUUUUUAUGAAUGGUGCAAAUGCUAGUAUAAGUCACCAACGCCUUUGAUUCAAGGAACAGCAGCUAUUGGUUCGAUCACCAAUUAAACCUGCUCCUUAUACAGAUUUAGUCUCGAUGUUAAGCUCUAGAUGACAAUAAACAGUGAAAUAACU